AUGGGUUCCGUGGGACUUCUCUUGAUCUAUCACAUCUUCGAUAUCAUUCGCGAGCGCAUCGCGCACAUGGAUGACGGAGAAAAGGAUGAGUAUGAAGAAAAGUGGGAUGAAGAAACUGAGGAGGCCGAGAAUGAUGUGGCAGGUUUGUCCAUGUCCUUCUUGACCGUGCAGGCCAUGCGGUUUGCCAUCAGCGGAAUACUGCCUAACCAGGAAGGUCUCGAACCCUGGGGGGCAGCCAUCAGUCACACGCCGCAUCAAUGUCAUUUGCUGAUGGGUUGUGGCUUCAUUUUCUUCUUGUUGUCCAUGGCGGUCCUGAACUCUGAGAGGAUCGUGGAAACGCCCGAACGCCUGGAGAGGGUCAUCGAGAUCUUGAACAAUUAUUUGACCUUCGGCCUCUCUUGGUGCCUCUUCUACGGCGUGCGCUGGCGUAUCUCUGCCACACACUUCACGCACGAGAAUGCAUUGCUGAUGGUGGCCAUUGCCCUCUUCCUGUCUGCUGUGUCUUUCUUGUUCAUUUUUGUCUUGGACAAGGUAGAGGACAACCACCUCUUCGGCGAGGACGCGGAGAUUGCGGAAGGGGCCACAGAGAAGAUCAUCACAGGCCUUGGCAUUUUAAUCGGCUUCAGCUGGGAACAGAGCUUUGACACUGCUGUGGACGUUGUGGCCGAGGGGCUGCGUCAUCUCGCCCCCCCGACCUUUUCGAAGAUGGUCAUGUCUAUCUGCUUGGUGAUGAUCGUCUUCCCAGCUUGGCGCUUCUAUAUCUUGCCCACGGAGAGAGAAAUCAGUGAGGCGCCUGGAACUGAGAUGACCAAGGGGAAAACCAACGGGUGA